AUGGGAAACAGCACAUCGAAACCGCGGGAUUCAAGGGGUCUUCAACUCACCCGAACUGAUACCGGCAACUCCGCCAAGUCAGGUCGGUCUAUUAGGUCUCGUGUAUCACUUCUGCGAGAUGACACCAACACAGACUCGCCCAAGCUUGGGCCGAAGUCACCCAAGGCACUCUCACGGAAAAAUUCGUCAUCAAGCACCGGCAACGGUGUAGGAAUCCUGACGAAUGACGCGAAGAGUGAUUAUAUUAGGUCAGAAAAUUACCACCUAUCGAAGUCGUCAUCAGGUCUCAAUUUGAACAACAGUUCAUCGGGCAACAACCUCAAUCUACCACCUUCAAUGAUCCAGGUGGAGCCUAAGGAUCCUAUUCUCAUUCGACGCAACACCAAUGACACCGAUUUUGACUACCCAUCAUCGCCAAUGAGAAGCAACCUUCAAACUGGAUCUCCCAAAUUGUCAUCUUCAUUCCAAUCUCUUGGAAACAGCGAUGCGAAUGGAAGCGACAGCACCCCUGUUACCAGGACUUCAACGAACCAUUCAUUUCAAAGCACCAGUGGAAAUGUUUUAUCCCCGCAACCGACAGGUUCUUCAGCAAAUUAUGACAAAGACAGUGAUGUAGCAGAUGCUAUCUCAAUGUCUUCAAGAAGAAGUGGAACGAGCAACUUUUCUGUUAAUAACUCGUCAUCCAAUUUACAGAAACUCAGUAAGACGAGCUCCAACUAUACAAAUGGUGGGAAUACCAUAGAUAUUGAAGAUCUCAUUCAGAGAUUGCUUGAUGCUGGCUACAGCGGAAAGAAAUCGAAGAAUUUGUGCUUGAAGAACUCUGAGAUACAAUUGGUUUGCGCUAAAGCAAGAGAAAUCUUCUUAUCUCAACCGUCCUUACUUGAGCUCUCACCACCGGUGAAGGUUGUGGGAGAUGUGCAUGGUCAGUAUGGGGAUUUGAUCCGUGUAUUCACCAAGUGUGGAUUUCCACCUCUGACGAAUUACCUCUUUUUGGGUGAUUACGUCGAUCGAGGGAAACAAUCUUUGGAAACUAUUCUUCUUUUGUUGUGCUACAAAAUUAAGUACCCAGAAAAUUUUUUUCUUUUGCGGGGAAAUCAUGAAAGUGCUAAUGUCACAAGGGUUUAUGGAUUUUAUGACGAAUGUAAAAGACGAUGCAGCAUCAAAAUUUGGAAGUUAUUUAUUGACACGUUCAAUACCUUGCCAAUAGCUGCAAUAGUUGCUGGCAAAAUCUUUUGUGUUCAUGGAGGUCUUUCGCCAGUCUUGAAUUCAAUGGAUGAAAUUCGAACGAUUGCGCGUCCAACUGAUGUACCUGAUUACGGGUUAUUAAACGAUCUUCUUUGGUCAGAUCCGGCCGACACACAAAACGAAUGGGAAGACAAUGAGAGGGGAGUCUCUUAUGUGUUCUCCAGAACUGCUAUCAACAAGUUUUUGCAGAAGUUCGGUUUUGACUUGGUCUGUCGAGCGCAUAUGGUUGUCGAAGACGGUUAUGAAUUUUUCAACGAUCGAACGUUGGUGACAGUAUUUUCUGCGCCAAACUAUUGUGGAGAGUUUGACAAUUGGGGAGCAGUUAUGAGCGUCAGUGACGAAUUGCUUUGCUCAUUUGAAUUAUUGGAUCCAUUGGAUAGUGUUGCAUUAAAACAAGUGAUGAAAAAAGGUCGCCAAGAGAGAAAAUCUGCUCAGAUCCAACAACAGCAACUAGGCUCACGAUGA